UGAUGUUUGUGCUUUAGUAAAUAAACGCGCUGACAUUGAACCGGCUACAGGAGGAAUCUCAAACAGCAGUAAUCGAACAGCUUGCUGAUGCGUGAUGUGCCCUGUGGGUCUGUGUACACACACAUUCACGUGUGGAGAGAAAGACGCAGAUACAGACAGCCCCGGAGCCUGGCAUACAGGACUGCUGAGGGCAGUUUAUAUGUUCGCCCUUCCUCGAGUGCAUGCAGCUGACAUCGUCGAUCCAGAGGCCAGUCUUCAUUCUUUACCGAAACAUGUGGGCAAGCCGGAGUUCCCAGACACAGGAUGGGAUCGCAUUAAAGACCUAUUCGAGCGACGAGACGGACAGACGUACUCAGAAGAGGUGAGGAACGUGGGUAAGAGUGCUCUGACGGCCGCCUUGGUGGGACUGUUGUACGGAGGCCUGCCUGGAGCCCGACAUGCCCGUGAGAGAUUCAUCCAGCUGAGCCAAGCUGAGAUCUACCGUAGCAGAGUUGAGGCAGUGCGUUCGGCUCAUAAUGCAGCUAUCCGAGGCUUUGUGAGAUAUGGCUGGAGGUGGAGCUGGAGAGUCGGCGCUUUUGUGACCCUUUUUAACACUGUCAGUACAGGCAUUUCUGUGUACAAAGACAGUAACGCCUUGAGCCAUUUUGCUGUGGCGGGGGCUGUGACCGGAGGUGUGUUCCGGAUGAAUCUGGGCCUCAGGGGAUUGGUGGCAGGAUCGGCUAUUGGCGCUGCAUUAGGUGUGCCUGCUGGGGCGUUAAUUGUUGGGCUACAGAAGCUGGGAGGAGAGACCAUGCGGGAAAAACGACGACGGGAACGAAGAGAACUGUAUGAGCUCAGGGUGGCUGAAUGGAAUGCACGUCUGCAGCUUACUGACCAGAUAAUUGGUGAAUUUAAUGGCCGGGACCAAGACACAGAAGGUGACCUUCAGCGGAUCGAAGAGCUCCUUAGUCAACCAAGGAACGAAGAAUUGACUGAGGAGUCUUAACAGAUCUGAUUAUAGAUAACAAUAUACUUACAAUUGAAGAGCACUGGCUUAUCUGAUGGGAGAUAUAUUUACAGAAUUUCAGCUUAAAGCUAUACCGGUUGUUCACAGACAAACAAACCACAUAACGCAUCAUGUGCUGAAUAUUUUGAACAGGAGUUACAGUUUACUUUCACCGUCAUGUGUUGAAUUCCACACUGUUCAGAUUGUUGCUCUGUAAACCAAGUGAAUCUUUAUCUUCUCAUCAUUGUAAAAUAUAUAGUUUUAAGUUUUCUGGGGUGACUUUGGGGCAUGAGACUCAAAAAGCCUGUGAGAAUCUAAAAAAUGACCGUAAUCAAAGAGUUGUUGGACUACAUCUGACGUUUUUAAUUGUUUGACUCGGAUUUGUUAACAAGUAGACCAGAGAAGCUCGAAACUCAAUGAUUGUCAUAGUAGAGAGUGUGUGUGUCUGUGUGUAAUAUGGUGCUGCGAGCUCGUCACAUGCCUCGGUCCCUUCUGGAAACAAGAUGUGACAGCAGCUGAGGCUCCAAGUUCAACAUGUGGAUAAAUACAAACACAGACUUACAGCACCACCACGAGGACAAAUUCAGUCUUGCAUGGGUUUAUGCGUUUCAUUUUACAGACAUACACAGAUCAGGGAUAAUAUUAUGACCACCUGCCUAAUAUUGUGUUGGUCCCCCUUUUUGCUGCCAAAACAGCCCUGACCCAUCAUGCACUGUGUAUUCUGACACCUUUCUAUCAGAACCAGCAUUAACUUCUUCAGCAAUUUGAGCAACAGUAGCUCAUCUUUUGGAUCGGAUCACACGGGCCAGCCUUCACUCCCCAUGUGAGUCAAUGAGCCUUGGCCGCCCAUGACCCUGUCACCAGUUCACCACUGUUCCUUCCUUGGACCACCUUUGAUAGAUACUGACCACUGCAGACCGGGAACACCCCACAAGAGCUGCAGUUUUGGAGAUGCUCUGAUCCAGUCGUCUAGUCAUCACAAUUUGGCCCUUGUCAAACUCGCUCAAAUCCUUACGCUUCUCCAUUUUUCCUGCUUCUAACACAUCAACUUUGAGGACAAAAUAUAUCCUAAUAUAUCCCACCAACUAACAGGUGACAUGAUGAGGAGAUGAUCAGUCUUAUUCACUUCACUUGUCUCAUAAUGUUAUGCCUGAUUUGUAUUUCACAGGUUUAUAAAUAAGAUUUUAAACUUGCAUUAUUUUGCGAUUUACACACAUUCUCUACAUCACAAUAUUGAAAUUAAUUCUAUUAUUUUUAGCAUAAUAUUUGGUACAUUUGAAUCUAAAGAAAAAUGAUGUAGUUACAUAGACAAGAUGGGGCAAACUAUUACAGGAAAAUAAUCAAUGACAGGAGGGUAUCUUUGUGAUGAUGUGAAGCAGAAAUCUUCACAUCAAAGCUGGUGGUUUUUCUGUAAAAUCACAUCCUGAAGUGAUUUAUUCCUUUUAAUGCUUCCACAAUGCUGGAUUUAAAAUAGAUAUUUAUUAAAGAACAAUACAUCUU